AUGCCACCACCUCAAGUCGUUUCAAAGGUGAGAACGCAGGGAAUGGUGCCUGAACAAUCACCAACAACAAGGGAAACAUGGAAAGGUGGUUAUGUCCUCCCGGGGCUCAGGAAAAAACUAAAAUCUCCUUAUCUAUCCGUUUUCUCCGUCGUUGAUUCCCUUUUUAAUUGGGGCUCUGACGUGAUAUGGUUCCAUCCAACGGUCCACAAAGUUGAUGUUAUCGUGGAUAAUCGCAAAUACAGCGGGACAAUGGUCACCGCUAGACAGUUUGCUUUCCAUUCAACUUUGAAUGGCGACAGAGCAUGUUUCAUUCGUGGCCAGGGCUGUGCGCGAACCACUUUAUAUAAUGGAGCGGACCGGUGUUGA